AUGGAACCAGCAGAGCUUGCGCGGUGGACGCGGUUUGCGGCAAAGGGAGGGAUAGGCAAAUGUACCGCAUUGCAGGACUGUGUCGCGGAGAGUCCGGAGCAGUUGAUGUUUAUGAAGGACGAUGAGAUUACAGUCCUCAUGCAGCUGACGGACCAGGAGGGCUGGUAUCUGGGCUAUUGCGAAGGAGUAGUAGGCCGAUUUCAAGGGAAACACGUCCAAAUACAUGGAAAACUGAAGAGGCCAGUUAUGACCAAGCGGUCGUCCUCUCUUGCCCCGAGGACGCCUUCAUCGAAAAGUCCAACUCCGACUUCUCGGACACUCUCGCCGCCUGACCUGGAGACCGCCCGGUUCUCCUUUGGUAGUGAUCUGCGACCGACGUCUAGUCAAUUGUCUCUCGCGGCGUCUUCAUCGUCUCACCAUGAUAUCCAGACUUCAGAGGAGGACGGACCCGCCCCUCCUAGCGUGAGCUAUUCAUCGAGUUCGACAGGGCACGAAUCUAGCUUGGACACACCAUUGGACUCUCCCUCCCAGUUCACGGACCGGUUGGUGAGUAAAUCCCCUGUGGAGGAGCCGAACGACUCCUUGGGUGUACCAGCUGGUGCUGGAGUUAGCGCGGAUGACGAGGACAAGACUCCUAUACAAGAACAGGAAUCCGAAGUACCACAAGCAGAGGUCUUGCACACCCUUCAUGCUCCCUUCCCGAGAUCUACUUAUUCACCGACACCUCAGACGCCCUUAUCCGCUGACCCGUCUAUUGUCGAGUCGGAACCCACGCGGAUAUCACUGGCCAUAUCGGACGAUGGGGAGACAGGUAUUGGUCUCACUCUACUGCAGGGCAUGGUGAAUAACAGCGGUGAUGACGGUGACGACUCUUCGUCUAUGAUGAGCGACGAUACGCGCACGCUUGAGCAGCCGCACGUCGAAACGGACGGGCCAUCAGAGCCUGCGCCGGAAACAGCCCCUCGCCCUCGGGUUGACUCUGAUUCGAAACAGUCAAUCGCCCCCUCCGUGUCGGGCUCUCUGUACCGCCAGUCCCGAGCGUCGUCAUUGCAUUCGCACUCCGACGGUGCAGGCGAGUGGGAGGGCGCGUCGGACAUCUAUGACGAUUAUCGCUACUCGCGAUAUUCCAUGGCGUCGAAGUUCUCCAGGUUCUCACAGGCAUCGAUGUAUACGAUGGCUUCGGACGCGCCGCCUGUCCCUCGCGAAAUCCUGGAGAGUACGCAGACGACUCUUCCGCUGAAUAUCAAACGUCCGUCUAUGGAGGCUGAAGCUGAGGCCGAAUCUGUGUACUCCCAGCAAUUAUCACCCGCUGCUCCGGCCGCCACUGUCGAGGAGCAAGCUGAGGCGCCUCCGACUCCCCGGCCAGACGAACCUGCAAAGGCGGAAGCGACAGAGACGACCAGCGUGGACGCUCCACUGGACCCUGCAGCCUCACGUGCGACGAGAGAGCGACCGCCUCCAUUGCAGUUUACUCCUUCACCCCUCCUGCACACAACCUUUGGUUCACCUGUCUCCUCUCCUUCACGGUCUUCUUACCCGUCUGGACAGUCCCUACUCUCUCCGCCACUGACAGCAGCGAUGCCUUCUGUGUCGAAAGGGAGCCGCGUUGCUACAGCACUGAGGGAGAAACUGGAACGAGACAGUCCCAGUCCAAGCACUAGCCCGCAACCCGAGGGACCUGCUUCCCCGCCCGGAUCCCCAUCGGUACCCAAGUCCAGUCACGGCAUAGUCGUCGAGGAUGAGGAGGGCAUUCCGGAUUCUUCCAGCCGCGAAGCAUUUGAUGCGCUUCCUGAUACGCCCUCAUCAGCCAGUUCAUAUCCUGAUUCAUCGGCGGCUCCUGAAAACCAGGCUGAUGACGACGGCCCUAAAUCUCCUGUCGUCCAACCAACCCCACCAGAAGAUUCCCAACCUCGUGGUGCCGACGGUGCCAUACCUAAGACUCAGCUCGCCACCCCCGACGGCGGGCUUCAGCCCCGGCGAAGACCUCCUGGGCAGGAGCCAAGUCAGUUCAUCCGGGAGAGCCUAUUCAUGCCCCACCCAAACGCGCCGAGAGCCCCUGCCUUUGCCCCUGCUGGACCGAUGUACGGGCGUGCUCCUAUGCCUCCGCAACAGAUGCCCGGUGGUAAUCUAAUCCACACGCUGCGUAUGGCCGCCUCGGCUCGGUACGGUCCUAAUGGCACAGUCCGCAGGACAACGAUCUACGGAAUGUGCAAGCAGGAUCUGAGUAUGUCUAUGGGCCCUGUACCUAUUAUAUUCUCGCUGGAGCCGCCGCAAUCUAUUCCGGCAAAUCGACUAGGUGAUGCUAUACGACGACCGUCGACUACAAGUUCUGGUCCUAGCCAAGCUCAGAGUCCUUCCCCGGGUUCUCCGGCGGCUGACCUCCCCCCUGCUGUGGAUCGUACUAGCCCCGCUCCCCCAGCUCCUUCUCCUCCCGAUACUCAAGCCACAGAUGCGCCGAAAAGUCCGUCCGGGAAUGUCAUUCCUAGAGCCAACUUCUUCCCCAGAACACAAACUCCCAGGCCGAGAUCAAGAUCGUUCUCAGGUUUCGAUUCGCCCAUAGCGGAGAUAACACUGCCCAAAGUAAAUAGGCAAGUAUUGAUCAUCGUUAUCGAGGCUUUGUCAAAAGCUGUGGUUUCGAGGACUGUCUCUGCUUCAGCAGCAGUGCCAGUUGCAGCGCAGCAGGCGACAAUAUCGCAUCAGCCUGCCCCGGUGAGGCGAAUGACUCAUGGACCAUCACCAUUGUCUCUGUCUAGCAGCAAAGUGCCUUCUUCGCCCACCAACGAGUCGAAGUCACCCACCAGCCCGUCCUUCCGGAAAGGCUCUCAAGUGUUCACUCCCUCUCCGUUAGCUGGGCCAGCGCCCGAAGCUGGUCCCUCAGUUCGGCGAAGUCUGAGGCAGGUCGCGUCUGCAGGCAAUUUGAGACCGAAAACUCCCUCCUCUCCGCUUGUUACGUCUCCUCCGCUACAGCCGCUGUCUCCCCAGUCCGACAAAGUGGAGAGUGAGUCCUCAAUUCCACCUCUUCCUCAGAACGAGCCGCACUCGCUCGACGCGACUGUCACGGUCAUCCAGCCUGCUGAACCUGCGAAACCCAAUACAUCAGACGCUCAGUCUCGUACCUCGUUGCAAGGUCGGCGAUCGGGCGACACGGACGGGUCUCAUUAUAGUGAUACGCGCUCCCUGAUGACCUCUCCGCCGCCAGGCAGUACUCAUCGUCCAUCCUUGAAGGCGAAGAUGUCACUCCCGUCGCUGCAGACGAGAAGCAGCAAAGUGACUAGCCCAACACCGUCAACGCCCGUGACGGAACAGGAGACAGUCCAGGUUAAGGACAUGGACUUCGAACUUGUUCGGCCUUCCAUCCCAGCGUUGACCUCGUCACGACAUAGUGAGGAUUUCAUGGGAGCCGCAAGGGAUAGUUCGGUCCUUAUACACGAUGGUCAAAGCUCCUUGCGUCCCUAUAGCCCUGCCUUUUCCACAACAUCCAUGCCUCGAUCGCCUGCAGCUUCCGAGAACGGAUUCCCUCGCAUGCCUUCGGACUCAGACAAUACUUCCAUCGAGGCGCAUAGACAGCGGGAACUGAAAUGGAUCAAUCUCAUGUCCUCGACUCCACCUUCGCAGGCGAGGAAAAGCAAAAAGAUCAGGAAGCUGCUGACAGAAGGUGUCCCGGCUUCGGUGCGAUCGAAUGUCUGGCAACAUCUGACGGACAGCAAGUCGAAGCGCAUGAGUGGGUUGUACGCUCAGCUGGGUAAAAGAGGCAAAGUACCAGCUUCCGCUGAUAUCGAGCGGGACGCGAAAGCGUUCUUCCCCGACAAGCCCCAGUUCCAGAACCCUGAGGGACCGUUGGUGUACAUGCUGCAAGCAUACCUGACGAUGGUUCCCGACAUCCAGUAUCAUCCCGGUUUGACGCUUGUCGCUGGACAGUUACUUCAGCAGAGCAUUGAGGAAGACGCCUUCUGGAUUUUCGUCUCGCUCAUGGACACUCACCUGCGCCCUUAUUUCUCUUCUAAUUCCGCGCAAAUAGAAGUGGACGCCGCUCUCUUCAGCAAAGCUCUGGAGGCCAAUGACGCACCUUUAGCCAAGAGGCUUUUUGGUGACAUGGCAAUCCCACCUGUGGCUCUUUGCCGAUCAUGGUUCUGUUCCCUCUUCGCCCACGCCCUACCACCAGAUACCCUCCAUCGGGUAUGGGAUCUCUUCUUAUUCGAAGGGGUCGUAUUCCUCCUGCGAGUCGGCCUCGCUGUGGCAUCCACCUGUCGCAAGAUGGUGAUGGAGGCUACCAAGGCCGAGGUAGCCGUCAAUCUCCUCCGUAACCCUCCCGCACAGUUCUUCCCUCCCAACCCCGAGACGUUCAUCGCUCUCGCUUGCGGCGUAAAGCUCAAGGACGACGACGUACGCAAACAGCGCAAUAAGAUGGAAGCCCAGGUGAAGCGCCAGACCCAGCGUCCCGCGCAAGGCGGCUCUGGUCCGCAGACGGCUUCCAUAUCGCUACCGCGAGCGCCUGCCGACAAAUAG